AUGCGCGUGGUAGUGAUCGGAGCGGGCGUCAUCGGGCUGUCCACCGCCCUCUGCAUCCAUGAGCGCUACCACUCGGUCCUGCAGUCGCUGGACGUGAAGGUCUACGCAGAACGCUUCACCCCGCUCACCAACACUGAUGUGGCUGCCGGCCUCUGGCAGCCCUACCUCUCCGAGCCCAGCAACCCACAGGAGGCGCGCUGGAACCAGCAGACCUUCAACUAUCUCCUGAGCCACAUCGGUUCUCCCAACGCUGCAGACAUGGGCCUGGCCCCAGUCUCAGGCUACAACCUCUUCCGUGAAGCCGUUCCGGACCCUUACUGGAAGGAUGUAGUUCUGGGAUUUCGGAAGCUGACUCCGAGAGAGCUGGACAUGUUUCCCGAUUACAGCUAUGGCUGGUUCAACACAAGCCUGAUUCUGGAGGGAAGGAAGUAUCUGCAGUGGCUGACCGAAAGGUUAACUGAGAGAGGAGUGAAAUUCCUCCUAAGGAAGGUGGAGUCUUUUGAGGAGGUGGCAAGAGGAGACGCUGAUGUGAUUAUCAACUGCACUGGGGUGUGGGCUGGGGCUUUGCAACCAGAUCCCCUGCUGCAGCCAGGCCGGGGGCAGACCAUUAAGGUGGAUGCCCCAUGGAUGAAGCACUUCAUUAUCACCCAUGACCCAGAGAGAGGCAUCUAUAAGUCCCCGUACAUCAUCCCAGGGAUCCAGGCAGUGACUCUUGGAGGCAUCUUCCAGCUGGGGAACUGGAGUGAGACAAACAAUAUCCAGGACCACAACACCAUUUGGGAAGGCUGCUGCAGACUGGAGCCCACACUGAAGGAUGCAAAAAUUGUUAGUGAAUGCACUGGCUUCCGGCCAGUACGCCCCCAGGUUCGACUAGAAAGAGAACAGCUUCAUGUUGGAUCUUCAAACACAGAGGUCAUCCACAACUAUGGCCACGGAGGCUAUGGGCUCACCAUCCACUGGGGCUGUGCCCUGGAGGUGGCCAAGAUCUUUGGGAAAAUCCUGGAAGAAAGGAAUUUGCUCAGGAUGCCACCAUCCCACCUCUGA